GCUUCCAAUUGCGACAACACUGUAUAAUCGGUAAGAAAUGGCAAUGAGAUCUGCACUAACUCGGCUCGUCCUGAAUCGCUCCAUGGAAUCAGCUCGGGGACCUAUUCGAUACUUCAGUGACGGAAAAGGUCGUGUACUCAGCGAAGAGGAGCGAGCCGCUGAGAACGUUUACAUCCAGAAAAUGGAGAGGGAAAAGCUGGAGAAAAAGAAGAAAAAGACAGAGAAAGAAAAGGCAGAAAAAGAGAGUGCUGACAAGGUGUUGCUCUUCGUCCCUAAUAAGACUGAUGAAGGGAGCAAUAAAACAUGAGUCGCCAUUUGUACCAGAUGAUGGUGGUCUUUUGUGGAAAUAAUUAGAGGGAAUAAAUGUUUGAAGGUGUUUCCUGUUUAGAGUUGUGGACAUUCUGGUGUUUGUGGUUUAAUCCAUCAAAAAGGUUGUUCUGGCCUUUAACUUGGAAUGUCUGUGUCUCGUUGGUUCAGUUUCCCUUCUUUUCUUUGCUUGUGAGUGUCAUGAGUAGAGAUGUUUGGAUCUCACAUGCUGCCUGCAACUAAUUCUGGAAGUGCUGGAAUUGUUAAAAUCAAGUUAUUCAUAAAGCUGCAGGGUGCUGCUAGAGAGGGGAUAAAUAAGUGCAAGCUGGGGAUUAAAAUCUUGUCAUCAUCACAUGCUGUGCAUAUAGGUAAGCAUUAAAUUCGUAAAAUUGACAAAGUCUCUCAAUGAACUUCUAUACGUUGAUCUGGUUGA